AUGAUGGAGCUCAUCAUCAAAGUCCUGAGCGGAGAAACGACGACCGUGUACGUGAAUCCAAGUGCCACCAUUGGUGAAGUCAAGCGACAGAUUGCCCCACUCUUUAAAGCAAGACCUUCACAGCUGAAGCUUUCCAUCUCCAAUGGAAAAAUCUUGCAGCUGGACCAUGACCAUAAGACCGUGAGUGAUUACGGUCUGAGUUCAGGAUCCACAGUGAUGCUGCUGAUCUGCAUGACCCCCGUGCCAUUUCAGGUGUUCGUGAAGAAUGAGAAGGGACAGACAAAAACCUACGACAUCACUGAAGAUGAGACCGUCGAUCAGUUGAUGAGGAAGAUCUACCAGAAAGAAGGAACACCAGUGGACCAGCAGCGGCUGAUCUACAGCGGCCAACAGCUGGAGUGUGGCAGGAAGCUGCAGGAUUACAACAUUGUUUCUGGAAGCACCAUUUAUAUGACCCUCCGUCUGCGUGGAGGCUGAUGGGACAAAAACACAUGGAGAUCAUUUUAGCCUAAAAAAAAAUUCUGUUUAGCAUGACUAAUAGUGUUAUAUGUGUGAUAAAUACAUAUAUUUUGAAGUAAUUUAAAUUACACUCAACAUUCUCCUUUUUGGAUGGUGUUUUUUUUCAGUAUUUUACUGUAUUCCUAUUCCAUUUUUAUAAUUAUUUUUUUUCAUCCAGAAUCCACUCUUUGCAUGUAAUUUGUAACAAGGACACACCCAUAAAAACUUUCCAAAAUUCAUAGGAUUGUAUUAAGUUUGCUUACUUUAACAGUUAAAUGGGCUUUUAGAAUGAUUUAUUAGCACAAGUAGCAUAAAUAAUUUAAAAAAUAAUAUUUGAAAAAAAGUAUUUAUAUAUUUUUUUAUUUUUAUGUAAUUGCUGUCUGGACCAACACAUGUCUGAAGUGUCAGCUGUUAGCAGAUUACAUGACAAUGUAAUAAAAAUAGCUGAUAUUGGUUUGUUAAUGGGGACCUGAAAAGGACCUUCAAUAAUAAUAAAAUGAUAAAUAAAAAUAUUUAUCAAAAUCA